AUGGCUGCUGUAGUAGAACCUCUAACCAUGUUUAUUGUGGUCCGAAAGGAUCUUGCAAAGAAUCUCCAAUGGUCAACAGGCAGCGUAAUGACACAGGCUUGCCAUGCUGCCACCGCCAUCUUACACAUCACGCGCGAGGAUGAGAAUACAAAAGAAUACCUUUCAGAUCUAGACAAUAUGCGAAAAGUGGUUCUUGAGACCAAAAACGAAGGCUCCUUGGAGAAACUAGCUACCAUUCUUACAGAACAUCAAGUACCCUACAAGAAAUGGAUUGAACAGCCAGAGAACAUCCCUGCUGCCUUGGCAACAGCACCUUUACGCUCCAGAAGCCCAGAGGUACUGGAAGCAUUCAAGAAAUGCUGCUCUCUUUACAGAUAA